AUGGCGGCUAAGAUGGAGAUAACUUUGAGCUCGCAGUCCCACAUUCAGGCCUCCUCCAAGCCAGAGAGACACAUAAUAACAAAGCUGGAAGAGAGACGGGGACCCGCUCUGCAAAAGGACCGCCCCGAUCCCGAGCUCUCCCGCCAGAGCUUCCGACGGUUUUGUUAUCAAGAGGUGUCUGGACCCCAAGAGGCACUCGCCCGGCUGCAGCAGCUCUGCCGUCAGUGGCUGCAGCCCGAGCUGCACACCAAAGAGCAGAUACUGGAGCUGCUGGUGCUGGAGCAGUUCCUGAACAUCCUGCCCUCGGAGAUUCAGGCUCGCGUCAGGCAUCAAUGUCCAAUGAGCUGCAGGGAGAUUGUGACCCUGGUGGAAGAUUUUCAAAGAGCAGCCAAGAGACCAAAGCAGUGGGUGGCCGUGUGUAUGCAGGGGCAGAAGGUGCUCUUGGAGAAAACUGGAUCUCAGCUUGGAGAACAGGAACUACCAGACUUUCAACUGCAAACUCCUAGGAGGUUUCCCCGGGAGAGUGCUCUGGAGGAGCCUUCCCGGGCGGGAUCUCCGGACCAGCUGAGCUCUCAUCAUUGGGAAAAAUCCACACUCCUCCAGGAACCAAGCCCCAGAUUGGCUGGUACAGAGGCCCCCAGAAUGAAAAGUGACAACAAGGAAAAUCCGCAGCCAGAGGGGGCUAAAGGAGGGAAGCCGUGUGCCCUGUCCCCUGGCAGACCCAAAGGUAACGGUCUGCAGAGUCCCGAACCGAGAGGGGCGAAUAGGAAUGAACCCCGGUUGUCACGGAGGCAGGUCAGCCCCCCGAAUGCUCAGAAGCCAUUCGCUCACUACCAGAGACAUUGCAGGGAACUGGAGUACAUCAGCAGCCCCCUGAAAAGCCACCCGCUGAGAGAGCUGAAGAAAAGCAAAGGGGGCAGAAGGAGCCUGAGCAGUCGCUUGCAGCGCCUUGGUCACCAGGCGGCCCGCUCGGCAAAGAAGCCUUACAGAUGUGAUGACUGUGGGAAAAGCUUCACGUGGAAUUCGGAGCUGAAAAGACACAAGCGGGUGCACACAGGGGAGAGGCCCUACACGUGCGGAGAGUGUGGGAACUGCUUUGGGCGCCAGUCAACGCUGAAACUGCACCAGAGGAUCCACACCGGGGAGAAGCCCUACCAGUGCGGCCAGUGUGGGAAAAGCUUUCGCCAGAGCUCAAACCUCCACCAGCACCACAGACUCCACCACGGGGACUGA